AUGAGUAAAGAAAUAAUUACUGAUGUUUCUCCCAAAAUCAUAAAGGGCAUUGAGUUCAGUGCUUUAAGUGCAAAUGAAGUUGUUCAGCAGUCUGAAGUUGAAAUUGGCGGUGGUGAUAUGUUUGAUAUCUCAUUUGCUCCAAUGAGGGUUCCAAAGGAACAUGGUGUUUUAGAUACUAAAAUGGGUGUAGGUUCCAAAGAUUUAUACUGUAAGACUUGUAAAGGUAACUUGAUAAACUGUAAUGGUCAUUUUGGCCAUAUCAAAUUGGCCUUACCAUGCUUUCAUAUUGGUUAUUUCAGACAUAUCAUUCAAAUUUUAAAAAUCAUAUGUAAAAAUUGUUCAAGAGUUUUGCUAGAUGAGAAUACCAAAAUUGGGUUUUCAAAAGAGUUGAGAAAACCUUCCAUAGACAAUUUAAAGAGAAUGUCUGUUAUGAAAAAAAUUGUCAAACAAUGUGAAAAGCAGAGAAGAUGCAACCACUGUGGAUGUCUCAAUGGAGGUGUCAAAAAAGCAGCUUCCGGUUCAAGUAAUGCUGCUUUAAAAAUUAUACAUGACACUUUUAAAUGGAUCGGUAAAAAAAAUCCUAUUGAAAAAGUCCAAUGGGACCAAGAUUUUAAUCACUUGUUUCAAUCAAAUCCCGAACUAGAAAGGUUUUUCAAAAGAUGUGUUGAUGAUUUAAAUCCUUUAAGAGUAUUACAUCUUUUUAAGCAAAUUGUUCCCGAAGAAUUGGAGUUGAUUGGAUUGGACCCCAAAACUGGUGGCAGACCUGAAACCUAUAUUUGGAGAUAUUUACCAUGUCCACCUGCUUGUAUCAGACCUUCGGUUGUUAUGGUAGACUCCUCAAAUGAAGAUGAUUUGACUGUAAAAUUAAAUGAAAUUGUUUUUUGUUCUAACUUGAUAAGAUCGGGUCUAGAAAACGGUAUUCCAAUCAAUAAGCUAAAUGAACAGUGGGACUUCCUUCAGGCUUCAAUUGCCAUGUACAUCAAUUCAGAUGUCGUCAUUAAUGCUAUUCCUCCAGGCCCAGGUAAUAUGGGCAAUAAACCAAAGGUUAUAAGAGGGUUUUGUCAGAGAUUAAAAGGUAAAAAGGGUAGAUUCAGAGGUAAUUUAUCUGGUAAGAGAGCAGAUUUUACUGCUAGAACUGUCAUUUCCCCAGAUCCCAAUUUAUCAAUUGAAGAAGUUGCUGUUCCUGAUAGAGUUGCAAAAGUUCUUACAUUCCCAGAAAUGGUCAACAAUAUUAAUAAGGAAAAAUUAAAAACACUAAUUAGAAAUGGUCCAACUAUCCACCCAGGUGCCAAUUAUAUUAUAAAGAGGAAUGAAGAUUCUAAAAGAAAUUUAAAGUUUUCUAAUAGAGACAAGUUGGCAAAUGAAUUGCGUUCUGGUGAUAUAGUUGAAAGACAUAUCAAUGAUGGCGAUAUAGUUCUUUUUAAUCGUCAACCUUCUUUACAUCGUUUAUCUAUUUUAUCUCAUUAUGCAAAAAUUAAACCAUGGCGUACUUUUAGAUUUAAUGAGUGUGUUUGUACUCCUUAUAACGCCGAUUUUGAUGGCGAUGAAAUGAAUUUACAUGUUCCGCAAACUGAAGAAGCUAGAACUGAAGCAAUAACAUUAAUGGCAGUCAAGAAUAACCUAUUGACACCAAAGAGUGGUGAGCCAAUUAUUGCUGCUACACAAGAUUUUAUUACAGCCAGUUACUUGUUGUCGAAAAAAGAUACCUUUUUUAGCAGAGCAGAAUUAUCUCAAAUAUUGGCUUCUAUGAGUGAUGCAAAUACCCAAUUCGAUUUACCUCCUCCAACAAUUGUCAAGCCAAAGUAUUUAUGGACGGGAAAGCAAGUAUUUUCGCUAUUGAUUAAACCGAAUUCCAGUUCUAAAGUAGUUAUCAACUUGGAUGCAAAAAAUAAAACCUUUGAAAAGCCAUUGAAAGGAUAUAGAGAUGAAAUGUCUCCCAAUGAUGGUUUUGUUGUAAUCAGGGGCUCACAAAUUUUGUCAGGAGUAAUGGAUAAAUCAGUCUUAGGUGAUGGUAAGAAGAAGUCCGUAUUUUAUUCUAUUUUACGUGAUUAUGGUCCUGAUGAAGCUGUGAAAGCAAUGAAUAGAAUGGCUAAAAUGUCUGCCAGAUAUCUUGGAAACCGUGGAUUUUCAAUUGGUAUUGAUGAUGUUAUGCCUCCAUUAAGCUUAAGAACUCAGAAGGAAGAAUUGGUUAGGAAAUCUUAUAAAGAAUGCGAUGAUUUAAUCAGAUUGUAUAAUGAAGGAAAAUUGGAAACACAGGCAGGGUGUAAUGAGGAACAAACUUUGGAGGCUAAAAUUUCAGGUAUUUUAAACGAUAUUAGAAGUACUUUGGGUUCUGUUUGUUCAGAUGUGUUGAAGAAAUCUAACGCGCCAUUAAUUAUGGCUACCUGCGGGUCUAAAGGUUCUGCAGCCAAUGUUGCUCAGAUGGUAGCAGUUGUCGGACAACAAAUUAUUUCUGGUAAUCGUAUUGCAAAUGGUUUUGAAGACCGUACACUACCUCAUUUUUUGAAAAAUUCCAAAACUCCUCAGUCUAAAGGAUUUGUUAAAAAUUCUUUCUUUUCUGGUCUUACUCCCCCAGAAUUUUUGUUUCAUGCCAUUUCAGGCAGAGAAGGUUUGGUUGAUACAGCUGUUAAGACAGCAGAGACUGGUUAUAUGUCUAGAAGAUUAAUGAAAUCUCUAGAAGAUCUUAGUUGUCAGUAUGAUGGAACUGUCAGAAACUCUUCAAAUGGGAUUGUUCAGUUUAAAUUUGGUGGAGAUGGUCUCGACCCACUCGAUAUGGAAGGAGAUGCUCAACCUGUUGAUUUUGAUAGAACUUGGAAUCAUUGUUAUACAACUACUUAUAGUUCUGAAGAUAAAUGUUUGUUGCCUUAUGAAGUGAUUGAAAUAGCAGCAAAUAAAUUGAAACCAUUUCAAGAUAAAUUGGUAAGAUAUGAUAACUUGGGACGUGUAAUUAGUAAUGUGGAAGAUCUUAACAAAGAUGAGUUUGUUGAUAAUCUGGAUGGUGAAAGAAGUUUUUAUGAUUCUGUUAUUGAUUUUGUUAAACAAAAAGCUGAAAUUUUGGGAGGUAUAAGGGUCAAGAAAAAUCUUUCAAGAUGUUUCGAAAAACCUAAAACAAAAACAGAAGAUCAAGAUAUUGUUUCGCCUUUUAUUCAAAAUUCAAUUGACCAACUAAGUAAAAUUACCUUCUCGUUUGUUGAAAAUUUUAUUGAUGUUUGUUUGCAUAAAUAUUCCAAGGCUAAUAUUGAGCCAGCAACCGCGGUAGGAGCUAUUGCUGCACAAUCUAUUGGUGAGCCAGGAACUCAAAUGACAUUGAAGACUUUCCAUUUUGCUGGUGUUGCUUCUAUGAAUAUUACAUUAGGUGUUCCUCGUAUAAAGGAAAUUAUUGAUGUUACAAAGGACAUUUCUACACCCAUUAUUAAAGCUAUUUUGGUUAAUGGUAAAGAUGAAAGAGCUGCAAGAUUAGUUAAAGGUAGAAUUGAGAAAACUACGCUUCAUCAUAUUGGUGGAUAUAUUGAGGAGGUGUAUUCAUCAUCUAAAAUUUAUUUAAAAAUCAAAAUUGAUUUGCAAACGGUAUCCAAAUUACAAUUGGAGUUGACCAUUGAAAAUGUUGCAGAAGCCAUUGCAAGGGCAUCUAAGUUGAAGAUUUCUGGACAAGAUAUCAAUAUUAUGACGGAUAAUACGAUCCAUGUUAACUGUUAUGAUGAGGAUGAAGAAAAAGCAUCCAAAUCGGCCAGCACUACUAAAAAAAUUCACGAAUCGAAUUUGUUUUUCAGAAUUCAGCAAUUAAGAAGGGAAUUGCCUAAUAUUCAGGUCAAGGGAUUGCCAGGGGUGCAAAGAGCAGUUAUUAAUAUUGAUGAAAAACUUAAAGAAAACGUGUUAUUGAUUGAAGGUUAUGGGCUCCAAGAUGUUAUGACAAUUGAUGGUAUUGCUGGAACCAAAACCAGUUCGAACCAUGUUUUAGAGAUGUUUAAUGUGUUGGGUAUUGAGGCAGCUAGAGCCAGUAUAAUCCAUGAAAUUAUCUACACUAUGAGCAACCAUGGUAUGAGUCUUGAUCCACGUCACAUCCAAUUGUUGGGAGAUGUUAUGACAUACAAGGGGGAAGUUUUGGGUAUUACUAGAAAUGGGUUGGCUAAAAUGAGAGAUUCAGUUUUACAAUUGGCAUCAUUUGAGAAAACGUCUGAUCAUUUAUUUGAUGCAGCAUUUUAUAUGAAGAAAGAUGAGGUCAAGGGGGUUUCUGAGUGCAUCAUCUUAGGACAAACAAUGAGUAUUGGAACAGGAGCAUUUCAACUUGUUAAUGAAACAGAAAUUAUACCAGAAGAAUUGAAACCAAAAAGGUGUUUAUUUGAAUCGUUUUGUACUUAG